GAAGAAACGUCAUCCCUUGCCCUUGACAGUCUAAUCUGAGCCGCCGUGAAAGUCGCAUGUGCUUCGCCGCGCUACUGCAUGCCUCUACUCGAUUAGGAUACUGGAUCUGUUCUGUCUCAGAAGUGGUCUUUAACGGGCCCUAAAGCCGUCACGAUCCACUCCUAUAGUGAUGCUGCUUUGUGAAGUGUGUUCACAGUGUGCAUUGUGAGAAAUGAAUUAAUUGCUUGUUCGUUUAGCAGUGAUGUAAGCACGGUUUCCUUAUUCAUUCCACCCGGGCUGUGAUGGGGUCGCUUGCGAGAUUGAUAACGCUUUUACUUGCAAUUUUAAGAAACGGACAAGGAGUUUCAUUAGAUUACGAAUAUCUUCCACACAAUGAUGAAGUUAACAUCGUUAGAACAAGGACUAACGAAUCGAGAGGCGUCCCACCUCAUUUUCUACAAGAAUAUGACGCUUCCAUACAAAAGUGUCGCUGUGGUGGGAGUGAAGCAUGGGACGGCAAGGAGUGCCCACAGGCACAGACAUAUGUGGCUGUAACAAACCCUUAUACAUAUGAAGUUACUGGGGUACCAACUAAUGCGUUUCGUGUGGCGAUUGGUGAGGUUCGGUGUUCACAAGACCAAGUGAAGGUUCCUUUGGAUCCAAACAAAGGUUUCUACAACCAAUUCUCUCUCCUCCCCAACGGAUCACUGUAUUGGCAAGGGCAUGCCUAUGAAAAGUACUGUUUUGAUCACAUGUUCGACGAGGAUGGGAAUCCUAAUUUCUGGAAGGCGGAGGUGUGUCUCCCCCCCCCAGUCGUGCCACGAUGUUGCAACAGUAUGUCGCCUACCUUGGAUGGUACAUGUAACACUGGUUCUGCUCAACGAUACUCGCCUCCCAUUAUGGUGGACGAAUUAGUACUACAGUGGUUAGAAAUACCUGAAAAGAGUACGGAUGUGAUAUGCAAUGAAUAUGAGAUCCUGCUUACUCUCCCUCUGAACACAUCUAAAGCAAACCUCAAGUACGAAUCAAAGAGUGUGCUUCUGGCAUGGUCAUCGCCCGAAGCACGGGAGUAUUAUCAGAGAGAUGGUUAUUGUGUGGAGCCAGAUAUCGAAGGAGGAAAUUAUGUUGCUUCUGUCUGUUACGAAGACCAAGCAGCCAUCCAAGAGCGUCUGUGUAGCAGCGCCCCCUGUGUUCGCAAAUGUUGUCCUGAGGGAGAAGUUAUGGUCGAUACCGCAUGCGUUUCUGUUGACGAUAGAACUGAUUUACUGUGGACGCCUACGUUUACUGAUGCAAAUGACCUUGAAUCUAUUGUUAGGCCUCCGAAGGACCUAACUUGGUUUUAUGAUUUACCUCAAUGUAGCAUGUUUGUUCUUAAUCCUGACGAUGUAAAAGAAGAUAAGUUUCUUUUGUUAAAUGAUGGGAAACUGUUUCGUCCACUCCAACAAGACUAUUAUCUGUCCAGCCAUUACUGUAUUGAAAAUUUCGUAGAACAAAAUGAGCCUCAUACAAGAGCACUCGUCUGUUUUCCCGACGGAUCAAGUGUCGAUCUAGUGUGCGGGUCAAUCAGCAACAAGGUGUACCCGGCCUUGUUCCUGGUGUCAAGUGUCUGUCUUGGUGUCACCCUGGUGGUCUACAUCAGCAUGGCAGAUAUUAGGGACAAACUACACAGCCGCUGCCGCAUAUCCUUGGUGGCAGCCCUCUUUGUGGCCUACACUUUGCUGGGUACGAUAAAGCUGACUGCAGGCACGCUUCCUAAAUCAGUCUGCUCGUGUUUUGCCUCCUUGACGCACCUGAGCAUGCUGGCCGCCUUUUUCUGGCUCAACGUGAUGUGCUUCGACAUAUGGAGAACGCUAAGGAAAACAAGAAUAGUGGUAGAUGGAAGGCACGCUGGCCAGCGGCGUUUUCUACUCUAUUCCCUGUACGCGUGGGGAUGUCCGCUGCUUAUCACCAUUGCAGCCGUCAUUGUGGAGCAUCUGCCGCCCUCAUACGAUGUAAUACGACCUAAUUUUAAGACCUGUUGGUUUCAAGACAAGGCGGCCUACUGGCUGUUCAUGUACGGAUGGAUGAUGGUACUGGUGGUGGCCAAUGUCAUCUUCUUCACCCUGGUGGCCAUCAUCCUCAUCAAGGCCCAGAAUGACCCACUUCUCAAGCGGAGCCGUGAAUACAACAGAGAAAGGAUGUGGCUGUAUGCGAAGCUGUUUCUGGUGAUGGGCGUCACUUGGCUGGGGGAGGUGGUGUCCUGGCAGGCCGGCGCCUGUAGAGCCUCGAUAGCGACAGACAUCCUCAACGCCCUGCAAGGCUUCACCCUUUUCCUGGUAUUCGUAUGCAAAAAAACUACUUUGAAGAAACUGCAGGACAAGUGUGGUUGUGCCGGGAAUGAGACAGGCCGUCCUUCAACAACUUUGACAUCCACACUUUCGUACUUUUCAAAGUCAUCCUCAGUCUGUAGGACAAGGGACAGUAAUGUAUGUGCUCCCGUUGGCAGUUCACCUAAUGUCAGAAGGUCUUCUGCAUCUUCCGACGCGAGAGAUCCCAACGUUCUGUCCACUAUGCCCAUGCAAACCCUGCAAGAGAUGUCUGAUGAAUCUUCAGAACUAUUUCAUGGCGAGGCACAGGAAACAGCCACUAUGAUCCAUGAGAGAGGCUGUGAAGUUGAUAACGAGGGAGGAGCAGCUCACGAAACCACGUCCCUAAAAACGAUAGAUUCUACGCUGCCAGUCAAUUGAAACCUAUCUCGAAAAUUAAGCGAAGCCUCAUGAAUCACCAAUGUGCGUGUUUGCGGACAUGUCACAUUCGCUUUUUACACCCACAUGCUCUCUCUCUCUCUCUCUCUCUCUCUCUCUCUCUCAAUGGAAUCCCUUUUCUAUAUGUACACACUCUCUCUACUUGCCCGGUUACAUAAUCAACACGAAACAAACCGCCACUAAGGACUGAUCCACUAAUAACGUUACGUUGGUAACACUGCAUGGAAUGUGUUGAUGCACUUGCGUGAUAGUGACAAUUAAAACAAUAUGAUUUGACAUGUCGCACUAACGCAGACAAGCGUCAUUCGAAUACACUUACCAACCAUGCAGAGACUAAAGUGUUGCUCACUAUGAAACUCGUCGGCAGACCCAAUGUAACGAUACUUCUGAGUGUCUGUAGUACCUACAGUAACAUUCAACUAUCCUCUUCAUACGUUUUAUACGAGUACGGAGAUGCAUCUGUCUGAUUCGAUUAAUAUUACUCCAGUUCAGUAUGUAUGUCUCUGAUUGAUGUUAUUUAUUUAACACUGAUUGAUUUUAUUUAUUUAACAAUCUCCUAUUCUUGGUAUACUUAAUUUCAGAUUAGUUAAUUGAUUUAAUUUCCUUUGUAAGGUUCACUGUAUAAUGACGAUUGUUUCUUUCUCUCUUUAUACACGACAAUGGUGAAAAA